CUACUGUACGACAUAGUAAGCACAAUCUCGACAUAUCCCUGGCCUUACUCUGAAGCAGGGGUGUCCGGAGUCCGCCAGCUCUCGAGAACUUCACGAUGUGUUCUGUGACAGGGUGCGUGCUCGAGCUUCGAAAACGCGCCAUUAGUAGAAGCGGUUGCCACGAGCCAGACUCCAAAUCCGAACACUGCUCAGAGAUGCAUAUAUGACAAUCCUCUCUUUUAUCAGCCGUGCAUGUAGAUGAUCACGACGUUGAGAAUCGCAUGAGUUUCUCACGUAGAUACUCAAGAAGACGGAUGAUUACAGGACAAUUGGGCAGAGACUCAGACCACAAUGAACGGCCACUCCAAAGGGACCAAUGGGUCGACGAAUCACUUUGACCAACACGAUGUGACCCAAACCAACGGGGCCACGGGCACAGGAAACACUCCGACGAAUGGCACGCUACGUGCGAAUGGGGUGAACGGCCACACAAAUGGCCACACCAACGGCCAUACGAAUGGUUACACCAACGGCCACACGAAUGGCCACACGAAUGGCCACACAAAUGGCCACAUGGACAGCGCCAAUACAAAUGAAACAGGCGAUGACAAGGCACAAAGCCGCUUCCAGCCUAUUGCCAUCUGCGGCAUGGCAUGUCGACUACCGGGAGGCAUCCACUCACCCUCGGAGCUGUGGGACUUUCUCUACGCUGGACGCGACGCUCGCGGUCCAGUUCCGUCCUCGCGCUACAACAUCUCGGCCUACUAUUCACCCGACAAGAAACCCGGCACCGUCAUUGCUCAGGAGGGGUACUUUCUCGAUGCUACCAACGACCUGGGCGCGCUGGACACGUCGUUCUUUUCCAUGCCUCGCAGCGAGGUUGCGGCACUUGAUCCCCAGCAGCGCAUGCUUCUCGAAGUCGCCCGUGAGGCGCUCGAUGACUCGGGCGAGACGGGCUGGAAGGGUUCCAACAUUGGCGUGUACGUUGGCAACUACGGCCAGGACUGGUACGACAUCUCGGUGCGCGACACACAGGCCCAUGGCAUCUACCAAGUCCUGGGCCCACACGACUUCAUGGUCUCCAACCGCCUCUCGCACGAGCUCGACCUGCAUGGGCCCAGCAUGACGGUGCGGACGGCUUGCUCUUCUUGUCUCAUCGGCGUCAACGAGGCAUGCAUGGCCAUGUCGCGCGGCGACUGCACAUCCGCCAUCGUCGGUGGCAGCAACAUCAUCAUGGCCCCGGCCUUGACCGCUGCAGAGACGGAGCAAGGCGUCCUCAGCCCCGACGGCUCGUGCAACACCUUUUCGGCCAAUGCGAAUGGCUACGCGCGGGGCGAGGCCGUCGUCGCCAUCUUCCUCAAGCCCCUGGCGGCCGCCAUUCGGGACGGCAACCCGGUCCGGGCCGUGAUUAGCGGCGCGGCAACCAACCACAACGGUCACACACCGACCGUUUCACGGCCCAGCUCCCACGCGCAAGAAGCCGUCAUCCGGCAAGCAUACCAGAAUGCUGGCAUCGCCGACAUUACGAGAACCGGCUUCUUCGAGUGCCACGGCACGGGCACAACAACCGGCGACCCCAUUGAAACGGCGGCCGUGUCUGCCUGCUUCGGCACCAAAGGAGUCCACAUUGGGUCAGUCAAGGCAAAUCUCGGCCAUGCAGAGGGUGCCGCUGGCCUGGUGGGCAUUCUGAAGGCCGUCCUGGCGUUGGAGCACCGCACCAUUCCCCCGAACAUCAAAUCCCUCCCACGGAACCCCGCCAUCCCAUGCGACCUCAUCGUCCCCACAGAACCAACACCAUGGCCGGAAGAUCGUGACGAGCGUGUCAGCGUCAGUAGCUUCGGCUUUGGGGGCUCCAACGCUCAUGCCAUCGUCGAGUCGGCGGCCAGCUUCAAUGCGGCCCGCAAGGUCGACUCCAGCAGCAGUAGAGCAGCGCCAAAUACACCGCAUCUGUUGCUCUUCUCCGCCAAUACCCCAGCAUCGCUCAAGGCCAUGGUCGAGAAGUAUGAGGCGUACCUUGGUAAAAACCCAGAGCUGCUGGCCGAUGUGGCCUACACCCUUGCAAAUCGGCGCGAGCAUCUACCCCAUCGUACCUUCGCCGUCUGCACGAGUGACAGUACCACGCUGGCCGCCCCCGCUCCCUCCGACAAAGCCCAAGAAAACCGAGGACCCUCCCUUGUCAUGGUCUUUACGGGCCAGGGAGCUCAAUGGGCCCGAAUGGGAUACGAGCUCCUCCGUUCCAAGACCAGUCCCGUCUUCAGCAACACGAUUGCAACCCUCGACAAGGCACUCCAAGACCUGGGCCCGCUGGCUCCAUCGUGGACCAUUGACGAAGAGCUCCGCAAACCUGCACGGAAGAGUCGUGUUGACGAGGCCGAGUUCGCGCAGCCCUUGUCCACAGCCCUGCAGAUCGCCUUGGUAGACCUGUACGCUUCGAUUGGGAUCCGCCCGGCCGCAGUGCUUGGCCACUCCAGCGGCGAAAUUGCGGCGGCGUACGCGGCUGGAGGCCUCAGUGCCCGCGAGGCCAUCAUUGUGGCUUACCUGCGUGGGCUCGUAGUGGCACGGCAGAGCCGCAAGAAGGGCGCCAUGGCAGCUUUGGGUAUGGGUUGGGAGGCUGCCAAGGAGCAUCUUGUCCCUGGCGUGGUGCUCGCCUGUGACAACGCGCCGAACAGUGUAACCAUUUCGGGAGAUGCAGGUCCGGUACAGGAUACGGUCAAGAACAUCAAGGAGUCCGGCUCUGGAAUCCUAGCCACCGUGCUCAAAGUGGAGAAGGCCUAUCACUCGCCGCACAUGGCAGAAGUCGGCGGUGAAUACUACGCGAGCAUGACCAACGCUGGCGUCGUGGGCAGCCCUCACACUCUUCCCUUCUUCUCAAGCGUUUCAGGCGAAUUCUUCGCCCCUGCCGGCAAGAGUAGAUUUGGGCCCAAAUACUGGCAGACCAACUUGGAACGGCCUGUGUUGUUCAAAUCAGCCGUAAGUUCCGCUAUUAAACAGCACGUCGGCCCCUCCAAGCAGAUCUUCCUCGAAGUUGGUCCCCAUGCAGCCCUGGCCGGACCCCUUCGACAGAUUCUCACCCACAGCUCCAGCAGCGCAGCAUAUAUUUCGACUUUGACCCGACGAACGGACAGUGCCGAAAGCUGGCUUUCCGCUCUGGGCCAACUCUUUGCUCAGCAUGUGCCUUUUGACCUUCAGGCUUUGAUGCCGACUGGCAACGCCCUCUCCGAUCUGCCCCCUUACCCUUGGGAUCAUCAUCGCAGUCAUUGGAACGAAUCCCGCAUCGCUCAUGAGUGGAGAAUGCGGAAACACCGACACCACGACCUGUUGGGUGCAAAGGUCCCUGACACCACAGACCUCGAGCCGGUGUGGCGGAACUUGCUGCACAUUGAGAAUGCUCCAUGGCUACGUGACCACAAGAUCAACGCCGACAUCAUCUUCCCCUUCGCCGGCUACAUUGCCAUGGCGGCUGAGGCUAUCCGUCAGAUCACUGGCGUCGAAGAAGCGGUUGAGUUUCGAAAUGUUGCCGUGCGCACCGCCUUGGUUCUCAACGGGAGUUCGCCCAAAGAGCUUGUCACUACUUUCCAUCGGCUCCGUCUGACAGAUUCGCUGGAAAGUGAAUGGUGGGAGUUUAGCAUUGCAUCCCACAACGGACAUACCUGGACAAAACACUGCUCCGGCGAGAUUCAGGCCCUGGACGAAAAAGAGGCCAUGCCUAAUCGCGUGGCUCUGCAGGAGGAUCUGCCCCGUAAAGCUUCCAGCAAGCGUUGGUACGAUACGAUGCGCCGUGAGGGCUUCGACUAUGGCUACCAUUUUGUGAGUCUCAAUGACAUCACGACGACAACGACCGGCCCACGGCGUGCUCGCGCACGAGUCCGCAACAACUGGCAUGGAGACGAGCAAUUCUACCACCUUCAUCCUGUCAUAUUAGAUUCCUACUUCCAACUUCUCAGUAUUGCCGCUCGGUACGGACUCACGUAUGACUACCAUCAAGUCCUUCCCGCCAGCAUAGGUUCGUUGAUGCUUCGCCGCAGCGCUGUCAAUAAUCUUGUCGUGUCGGCGAUAGCUGAGCCCGUCGGCAGCGGGGUCUGUGGAACAGGCAUGGUUGCAGCUGGCGACAAGCCCAUCAUCGAGCUCUCGAAUGUCCGUCUGGCGUCCUUCACGAAUGGUGAUGUAGAAGAACGUGCGCCCAUUAACGCGCAGAGUGAGUGGGUACCACAUAUUGACACUGAAGCUCUCACCACUCUCGUGAAGCCCAUGCGAGAUAAUCAAGCCUACGCCGCAACGUUGGAUGAGCUCGUCAGCCUCUCGAUCGCUGCCUCUCGGAGAUCGACUGCCGGUCUCGAUGUCCUUCCAGAGUUUCGACGAUAUAAGGCAUGGCUUGACGAGAUCCCGUCGUGCUCGGAAGAAUUGGACGAUACCAUGUUGAACGCUCGUAUCAAAUCUCUCGCAACAUCUCUGGCGUCAACACCCAGUGCCCCCAUUGCCAAAGCCAUCACUUUAGUCACAGCCGAUGCACCUGCUGUGCUUUCUGGUCGCAAGAAGCCUUUCGAAAGCUUAGAUUCACAAGACACCCUCGGGAAAUUCAAUCGCUUCUUGGAGAAAUUCGAUGGAUCUGCAUUUUUCACCCGCCUUGGCCACAACAAGCCCAACCUUCGGGUUCUGGAGCUGGGCGCAGGCAUUGGAUCGGCCACAGCUGGCAUUGCCAAGGAUCUGACACGACCUGAUGGCCAGGUGCUUUUCUCGCAGUACGUGGUGUCUGAUCCAUCGCAAGGCAUGGUCGACGCCCUCAAGACGCGCUUCCAAGGCGUCCCCAAUAUGAGUUUUGAAGCAUUCGACAUUGGGGUUGACGCCGAGCUUCAGGGCUUUAAUGAGAGAGACUUCGAUCUUAUCAUUGCAGCAGGAGUUCUUCACAGUACGCCCAAGCUUUCAGAGUCCCUCGUCCGGGUUCGCCAGCUUCUCGCCCCAUCAGGAAGGGUUCUGCUUCAGUCAUUGCGGCCCGGUCUGCCGUGGGCCAAAUAUGUCCUUGGAUUUCUCCCUAAUUGGGAGAUUGGCGUUGAUGACGGUAGAUCUGUGGAGCCGUAUGUCGAUGUGAAGAGUUGGCAAAACAGGUUGGCGGCGACAGAUUUCGAGAUCGUUGGUGAGCCUGUGUUCGAUUCUGACGAGUCAAGUCAUAUAAGCCACGUUAUCGUAGCGAGACCCCGGCGCGAGCACCUUCCAGCCAAGAAGGUCACUAUUCUUUCGGAGGUUGCAGCCGGAUCCUCCAGAUCUCAUCCGAUCACUGAAGAACUCAUCGCGCGUGGGUAUGAAAUUUAUUAUUGCAGCCUCGCGGAUAUUCCUCCGCCCGGUCAGGACAUCAUCGCCCUCCUCGAUGGACAAACAGCGUUCUUGAACCAGCUAGAUGCAACCAAACUUGAACAGUUGAGAAACUUCAUCGAUAACAUCGCCGAUUCGGGCAUUCUGUGGAUGACCCAGCCUUCUCAGAGUCAAUGCGCAGACCCAAGCUUCGCCCAAAUCCACGGCCUGGCUCGGUGUCUCCGGUCAGAGCUAGGCAUUGCUUUUGCAACUUGCGAGGCGGAUGACAUCGAAACUCCGCAAGGAUGUCGAGCGGUUGCUAGCGUGUUCCAGAGUUUCUCAGAGAGGGCCAAUGACGGAGAGAUUGAGCCCGAUUUCGAAUAUGUUAUCGAGAACGGUAUGACGCGCGUGCAUAGAUUCUUUCCGGUGUCGUCUGUAAGCGAGGCUGCAGUCGUCGAGACGCUCAAGGAUGCACGCUUGACUAUGAGUCAGCCAGGACGUCUUGACACCCUUCACUGGGGAGGCGAGACUGUGAAGGCACCCCACGGGGAUGAGGUGCAAGUAGAGAUCCAAGCCGCAGGGUUGAACUUCCGCGAUGUUCUGGUGGCAAUGGGGAUCAUUGAGUUGUCCCCUCCCACCUUUGGUUACGAGGCUACGGGAAUCGUGCGUCGCGUCGGGCCGAAGGCAGGAAAGCUCAGGGUUGGAGACAGAGUUGCCCUCAUAGGAUGCGACGUCUUUGCGUCGACCGUCACGACCAGCGAAAGGCUGUGCGAGAGGCUCCCAGAUGGACUCGACUUCGCCAGCGGAGCUUCCAUGCCGCUGGUCUUCGCUACGGCCAUCUAUUCGCUCAUCAACGUCGGUGGACUUGAAAAAGGCCAGUCUGUUCUAAUCCAUAGCGGCUGUGGUGGUGUGGGCCUAGCUGCAAUCCAACUGGCCCGCAUGAUUGGCGCCGAAGUUUAUACAACGGUCAGCAGUGAGAAAAAGAUCGAAUUUCUUGUACGAGAGUUCGGCAUCCCAAGAAGUCACAUUUUCACCUCGCGGAGCGUGAGCUUCGAAGAAGACCUGCUAAGGGAAACAAACGGCAGGGGUGUUGACCUGGCGCUCAACUCGCUCUCGGGAGAGCUGCUGCAUGCAACUUGGCGCUGCAUUGCCAAAUGGGGUACUAUGGUAGAGAUUGGCAAGCGUGACCUUCUUGGCGCUGGCAAGCUCAACAUGGAGGUGUUCCUUGCCAAUCGCAGCUAUCGAUGUGUAGACAUUGACCAGAUGUGCAAGGAGAGGCCCGAGAUGGUCGGCCGCUUACUUCGAUCGAUGAUGGAUUUCUUCCGCGACGGUCACAUUCAACCCAUCUUGAUCGACAAGAUCUUCCCUGGCUCCAAGAUGCAAGAAGCAUUCCAGCACAUGCAGCAGGGCAGCCACAUCGGCAAAAUCGUGCUCGAAUUCCGUGAACCGACAUCUGGGGAACUUCAGCUUGGAAGGAUUCAGCCUCCUAGUACUUCCACUACACCCAUGCUUGAUAGCUCAGCUUCGUAUCUGCUCGUGGGCGGUCUGGGCGGUUUGGGCCGUUCUGUAGCGGUGUGGAUGGUCCAGAAUGGAGCCCGACACCUCACAUUCCUCUCCCGCAGCGCUGGCACGACCGAGAAAGACAAGCUGUUCAUCGAAGAGGUCCAGAGCAUGGGAUGUGAGGUGCAUCUAGUACGUGGAAGCGUCACUGAAGCGUCCGACGUGGCGCGCGCUGUUGCGGAGUCGCCUCGCCCGCUCAAGGGAAUUCUCCAGAUGACGAUGGUGCUUCAUGACCAAGCCUGGCGGAAGAUGACAAUUGACGAGUGGAACGGAGCGACGGCGCCCAAGGUGAGGGGGACAUGGAACCUGCACAACGAGACGCAGUCCCUGGAGCUCGACUUCUUCAUCUUGUUCAGCUCACUCUCCGGCAUCGUGGGUCAGCCCGGACAGGCCAACUAUGCCAGCGCAAACACUUUUCUCGAUGCAUUCGUCAAGUUCCGGACAAGCAAGGGGCUACCUUGUACAUCGCUCGACAUUGGAGCCGUGGAGGGCGCAGGUUACCUCGUCGAGGACGAUGAGCUGCUCAAGAAGAUGAAGGGAACAGGCUGGCGCGCGGUACAGGAGUCGGAGCUCCUGGAGGUGUUGGGGACCGUUAUGCGACGAUCGCGUUCGGCACCAGCUCAGAUGAGGGCUCAACUUCAAGAGCCGGCCAAGGAGGAUGCCGAUGCGCAAAAGUCGAGCCUGGUCAACCUCGUCAACCCAAACGUCACACUCGUGGGGAUUGCACCAGUCAUUCCGCUCAGCAGUCCCGACAGCAGCGCCAAGCUACGCAAGGACGUCCGCAUGUCGGUAUAUCGCAACAUCCGCAGCCAAGUCAGGGACGGUGCCUCAAGCGACGGUUUGCGGCAAUUUCUGAGCAGAGUCAAGGCCAACCCAGAGACGCUCAGCACACCGGAGUCAGUCGUCUUCUUAGCGCGGGAGAUUGGGAAGAAGCUGUUGGCCCUGGUGCUGCGGCCUGUGGAAGACGAGCUUGAUGUAUCGCUAUCGCUUGCACAACUCGGGCUAGACUCGAUGGUGGCGGUGGAGAUGCGGGCGUGGUGGAAGCAGAUGUUUGGGCUGGAUAUCAGCGUAUUGGAAAUGGUGAGCAAGGGAACGCUCGAGGCGUUGGGCAAGCAAGCGGCUGAGGGCUUGCUCGCGUUGCAUGGCUGAUAGGACGUGCUGUGACGUUUAACUGCGGUCUGUCGUUUCUUGGGUCUGUCUUAAGAACUAUUCGUGCUUCGAUCCGCGGUAGCUUAGAAGGGGCACAUUGAGCUUGACAGGCUACUGGCUUGCUAUAAAUCAGUCUCUGUUUUGAUCUCGC